AUGGUUCCGGCAGGGGCACUGCUCACUUUGGGUGCACUUGCCACGAUGCUCUUCCAGAUUGCGGCCAUGCUGGGCGUUGCCCUCCCUGCGGUUAACGCAGUACGCGCGGUCGCUUUUCUGUUGAGAGACGUCGAACUGGAGGUAGUGGCGGAAGACAUUAGGGAUAUCGCCAACGCUCAGCUCAACGAGUUGACCAACGACUUGAAGACGUUCACGGAGGUGCUCACAGAGAAGGUUAUGGAGGAGCUGGAGAAGAAGACGGAGGUGUUGAAAGAAAAGACAGUGGAAUUAGCAGCGGUGGUCGAAAAAGUGGCACAACAGGCAGGGAACACAGCCAGCUCCCCAUACAGGGACGCGUUGACAAGGACGGCCUCUGGAGCCCCAAUGGAUGCUAACCCUCGUCUAGCUGUGAAGGAGAACAUCAGGCAACGACAAUCUCUAAUCGACCUACCCAAGGGAUCAAGCCUCAGCAACUGCGCCAAUCUGACUCUGGUGGGCAAGUUCGCAGAGGCAAUGGGAAGGGCGACAGGACAACGGCACAAAAUUAGGUCGGCUUUGAAGCUACAAAACGGCGGCAUAUUGGUAGAAAUGGUCACAGACGACGGUGAUAUGCUUUGCACGGGGAUGAACGUGAAAGUGCGAAACACGCAAACAAGGAUCAAGCGCGUCGGGGGAAAACCCUAA